AUGUCAAGAGCGCAAUCUUCCCCGGAUAUUUACAAAGUGUCAGUAACUCGAGCGAAUGCCAAAAGCGUGGAUGAGGAACUUCUAGAACUGUGCAAUUUGAGUGGAGUCACUCUAGAUCGCGAUGUUUUCAAGAUACUGUUGGAUUUGAUCAAGCUGAACGUCCCACCGACUUCCUUGGUCAGUGUUCUGAAGCAAAUAGCUGCUACUAAAGGCUAUCGGAGCGAAGGUCACUCUGCUUUGACGGGAAAGUUGAGCGGUGGUUCGAUGACUGGAAGUAGUUACGACACAUCUUCGUUAAUUACAGGAACUGGUAGUAGCUUGACAACUUCUCAAAGCACGCGAAGCGAGAGAAGCGAGAGAAUUCCGAUUUCCAGCCGUUUAAGAGAAAUGAGAGCUCAAGCUUUGCAGCAGUAA